AAUUUUUCAUAAAUGCUUUGUUUCACAGGAGCACGAGGAGGAGGAUGACUACGGAAGAGAAAUUGCGUGGGAAAUAGGGAGAAGUUGGAACUGGAAGCACGAGGAUCGAAACGAGAGAGUAUAUUAUCAGUGAUCGAUAACGGCGAAGUAGAUGGCGGAAAGUGCACGAAAGAGGGCGAUUCACGAAGAUGAGAAUCUCGGGCGUUGUAGGGCCUUUGGAUGGAUGGAGGAGUGGUGGGGAUGUGGACAGGGGUAUGAGGCGCUGCAAGCCAGUAGGGUGGGAAAGUGGGGGAGAAGAUGGGGGUUUAGGCCCGAGAUCGAGUAUGAGGCCUUAUGGAGGGGAUAGGCGCGUGCCCGCCCUGGCUAUAUAAGGCCUCGAACCCUUCUUAGUAAGGCAUUUCGGGAGCCAGAUCCGUACCGUGAGCGUCAAGGGUGCGGUUUUUUUUUAAGUUUCUCUCGCGACUUCACCGAUCUCUCGUUACACAUAAAUUCCGCGAUUCCGAACUGUCGUCUCGUUUCCUUGUCUCUCGUUUUUUUUUUUUUUCGUUAGCGACGUGUUCCCGUGUGUUGUUUCCUAUAUAUUUCCCCCUCCCUUUUCUCUCUCUCUCUCUCUGCCUCUCUCCCUCCCCAACCUCACGUCUCCUCACGUCAACUCGUCGCACGCGUCGAAUUGCAUCCGAGUUUGUGAGAAGGAGGAAGAAAGGACUUGAGUUGAGAGAAAAGAAAAAUCAGUAGUAUCGUGAUCGUGAUCGUGAUCGUGGUCGACAAUCGUGAGAAUCGAAUCGGUUCUCGAAGAGUUCUUUCCCGUGUUUAGUUCCCGAAUCGAUAUCGAUCCAGGAGGAGGAUUCCAUUGGUCAAGGUCAUCCGGCACGCGCUCCAGCAGCGCACCCGUGCUCCCACCGGGCGUCGGAGGUGGGGGAGGGGGGGGCAUCGAAACAGUGAUAUGACCUUAGUGGGCUCGUCGAAGGAGGGAUCGAACGUAUUGCCCGUCAUGUUGAGCGUACAGCAACACCACCACCACCACCACCACCACCAUCAUCACAAUCCGCAUCUUCACGGCUCCUCGGCGGCGACGGGCGGCGGAGGGGGCGGCGGCGCAAGCGGCGGGCAAAGCCAUCGGGGAAACGUGAUCGUCUCGACGAGCGGUGUCCCGGCCAACGACAUCAACAAGAUCCAGCAGCACGGUUGCAAGCGAUCCAAGAUUUACGGGCAGGGGGGCGGCCCCUACGGGACGGUUCCUCAUCAACCGGCCUCGGUCGCGAGGCGGAACGCCCGGGAACGGAAUCGCGUGAAGCAGGUGAAUAAUGGAUUCGCCACGUUGAGGCAGCACAUACCGCAGAGCGUGGCCCAGGCGUUGGGCGGGAGCACGGCCGGGACCCACGGUGGUUCCAGGGCCGGUAGUAAAAAACUGUCCAAGGUCGAGACGUUGAGGAUGGCGGUCGAGUACAUAAGGAGUUUGCAGCGCCUUUUGGAGGAGCACGACACGGGCUCCGACGUGGCCAGUGUCUCCUCCCCUACCUCCUCCUCCUCCUCCUCCUCGCCCUCCUCCGCCUCGUCCACGUGCAGCUCCACGAUCGGCGUCGAGUCGUCCGCCGUCCAUCGUCAUUCGUCGCCCGAGCUCAGACUUCGCGGGAACGUAAACAGUACCGGCAACAACAACAACAACAACAACAACAAUAAUAAUAGCAACAACAACGAAAUUCGACACCACGGCGAUUUGCACCAUCGACACCAACACCUGAGACAAAAUCCUUCGCCGACUUUCGUCCCGACGCCUUGUUCCGAGGCCUCGAGCUCGCCUACGCCGAGCUUCGUUUCCGAGGCGUCGUCAGCUGGCAGCCAAGGAUACGGGACCUCGGGCACCCUUUACGCCGCGCACUCCGACGGUUACGACAAUUACGAGCCAAUGAGCCCCGAGGACGAGGAGCUGUUGGACGUUAUCUCUUGGUGGCAGCAAAGUCAAUGAGACGUUUUUUU